AUGGCGUAUGCAGAGGCGUCCGAGGACACGUGCGCGGCCGCGCUCAAGGAGCUGACCGCCGAGAGCGCGGCGGGCGUGUGGCAGGAGUUUGCGCUGCUCAACCACAGCUGCGCACCCAACACCUGCGCGGCGCUCUUCGGCGUUACACUCGUGGUCAGGGCGGCGGCCCCUAUCUUGGCAGGGGAGGAGCUGACGGCUUGCUACCUGGGGGAGCGCCGCCUGGCGCCUGUCCGGGAGCGCCGCGCCGCGCUGCGCGCCAACUACGGCUUUCACUGCCAGUGCGACCGCUGCAUCGCGGAGCAGCGGGCGUUCCCCACAAAUUGGUACCCCCAGGACACAGAACUGCUGGGGCUGGCGAAUGAGGCGGAUGCCAGUGGCAGCAGCAGCAACGGCAGCAGUAGCAGCAGUGCUGACGCGGCAGUGGCGCCCUCGGAGGCAGGCGGCGGCGCCGUCAGUCCAGGCCCGCUCUCGGCUGCGUGGCGCGCCGCGCAGGAGUGGUUUGGGUUCGGGCCAGCUGCGGCCGUGCGCCCGUCGCCGUCCAGCGACAACUAUGCGUUGCAGCAGCUGUUCGAGGCGUGCGCGCCAGGAGGGCAGCUCGCCGCCGAGGUGCAGGCCGCGGCCGCAGCGCCCACCGCGCGCGCCGCGGUGCAGCGCCGCGCCGCCGCGCUCGUGCAGCUGGCGGCCGCGCGGCGGCGGCUCGCGGGCGCGGUCGCCGCGCUGCCUCGGCCGCCGGCGCCGGGCGUUGCGAGGUGGCUGGACGCCGCGGCGUUCGAGUGCCUGAGGCUUGAGGCAGACGCCCUUGAUUUGUUCCUGUCCGGCGGGGCCCUCCCGAACGCAGUAGACCUGCAGCGUGCCGAGGACGCGGCCUCGGGCGCCGGCAGGGGCGCCCGCGGCUGGCUAUCGCGGCUGCUGCUGCGCGGCGGCGGCGGCGAGGCGCCUGAGCCGGAAGAGGACGCCGAGCGCGCGGAGGCGGCGGCGCGGCGCGCGCUGUACACGCGCCGGCUUUCGGCGCUGACAGCGGCCGCGGACGCGCUCGACGGCGUCGCGCGCGGCAGCGAGCUGCACCUGCAGACGGCCGUGGCGGCGUGGGACGUGGCGCGCGCGCUGACGGGUGCCGCGUCGGAGGCGUCGCGGGCGGCGGAGCUGGCGUGCAGCCGGGCGCACGCGGCGCGGUACGGGCAGCUCGAGCCGGUGGUGCUCUCGGCGGCUGUGGCGGCGCGGCGGCGGCAGCUGCUCGGGGCGUCGCUGUCGCGGCGGAUGAGCAUGCUCGCGUGGGACACCACCGAUCAAAGAUGA